AUGUGUCCUUCUCAUUGGAAAGCAAUACUGCUUCCUCUAGACCAAAAAGAACUCAGCGUAGGAAAAAGUCGAUCAAACCCGCCGUUUUUAACGCUACUGGUGAACGCAUCUAUUGUAUCUGUCAGGACGAGGACAAUGGGUCGCUUAUGUUACAGUGUGACUGGUGCGAAGACUGGCAAGUAUUACUCUGUUUAUGAGACUGCUCUUGUGUUCAACUUUAGUCUAAUUCUUGUGAAUUAUCGUAUUAGGUUUCAUGGUGUCUGUUUAGGUUUAACUGAUAAACAGGUUGAUAGUCUUAGUACUUAUUGUUGUGCUGAUUGCGAUGGAACAGAGUGGCCUAAAUAUCUGGUUGAUGCUGCUACCAGUCCUGCUGGGAAAGCUGCUCGUAUGGCGGCUGUUCCAGCUGACUUGUAUUUUACUUCUCCAUUCUCUUAUUCCGCUUCUUCCAUAGUCGAUACUCACGCCAAUGGAUUGUCAUCCACCAUUCCGAUAACUGCAAUCAAUCCAUCUGCAGUCAUGCCUUCAAACGCUUUAUAUUCAUCCAUCACAAAUGGAAUGCAAUAUCAAAACUCGACAACUUCACUAUUGCCUUCUAGCCCUGAUGUACCUUUAUCUUCAAAACCUACCAAACUUUCCAAAAAGGAAAAAAAACUCAAAUCUACUCUGCAGACACCUUCCAUUUCUGCAAAGGAUAAAUUGAGCCAUAAUGAUGUCAAGUCAGUGAUGGAUACCAGCGUGGUUUCACAAGAACAAAAGAGAAAGAGUCUAUCCGACUCUCGACCAUUAGCAAUGUCCGCUUCGACAGCAACACCCUCAAUAAAACGUACGAAGCUGAGUGUCGAGCCCAAGCGUGCAAAAUCAGUAGAUCAUACUGCCAGCACCUCAUCACAGUCCUCGAUUGAUCCGCUUCGAGCUGCGUUUCUAAGUCAUUUUACUGCCACAUUUCGCGAUAUUUACGAAUGGGCAAAAACACACAAGGAAGAACUGGGCGAGCCUCUGCAUGCUUCGAUCCAACUAGACGAUUAUAAUGGCAUGGCAAAAAAGGUUGAACAAGCAUUGUUUGACACCACUCAUAUUUUAAAGAAUGGAGUCAGGGUUGUGAGUGAUCAAUACAAGGCUAAAUUCCGAUCAUUGCGAUACAAUCUGAUGGAUGUGACCAACACGAGACUACGCAAGCGAAUAUUGCUUUCAGGAAAGCAGUAUUUAGAUGCAGACGCAUUAGUGCGGUUGUCACCCGAUGAGCUUGGUAACGAGGAGAUGAAGGAAACAGCCGACAGAGUCAAACGACAGAGUUUGAAGAAUGCGUUCAAACCUCGAGUGGAAACCCCGCAAAUUGUAAGAGAUUUUAGCAAAGGAAACAGUCAGUUAGUAGAGAAUGUGAGCGAGUGGGGAAAAUCCACUGAUAGUCGUGAUAAACAUGGAACCAUUACUCCACGUAUAUCUAAUGUAGAUCGAGAUGGACAGGUAUCGAUGUCCAGUGGAACUAGUACUAACAUUACUUUACAACGCAAAAAAAAGACGGAUACGUUGGAUGAUUUGAUUGCUAGUAUGAAUGGCAGUAAUGCUAUACGAGAUACACCCAUUAUCAGCAAUGAAGAGAAGAAACUAAAGCCUCGAGCAACAACUAAUAUUGCAGUUACAUCAGGAUAUGGCAGUGACUAUGAAGAACAACCACUUUCACCCUUUGACAGUAUUGCUUCAAGUAGCGAUGAUGAACCAUCAAAGAAAUCAACUGUGUCGAGUUUGGCUGGUAAUCGUCAGAAUCAACCUCACAAGGACUCAUCUCCAAUAGUAUGGAAAGGAACGGUACACAUGCCACAAGUGGGCAAGUUUGUUGGUUCAGCAACACAAGUAGGAGGACAAUGGGUUCAACCAGCAGCAACUUGGAUGUCAAUUCUUGAGACAACCAUGGACAUCAGUGGACGAAUUCCUAUAGACCGAGUGCAGUCUUACUUGCAUGGAAGAACAUCAAGUGGGAAUGGAGUGCUGGUUGUUGUUGAGUUUAAAUCUACUAGCAAUGUAGACCAGCCAACAGCAGUAGAUGGACUGCAGACUCUUGUUGAUUAUUUUGCAUCAAGGGAUCGAUGUGCAGUUAUCGGACAACAUCUGGCAGCAGUCAAGGACAUGUACUUGGUGCCUGCAAAGGCAUCUACUCCACUGCCAUCAUUACUAACUACUAUUCCUGGUGAUGUACGCAUUGAUGCUCACAGUACUAGAGACCGACUGUUUGGACUGCUUCUAUUAGCAAGAGACUUUGUUGUUGCUCGUAAUCUAGGUGGUUUAAUAUCAACCAAACCAACACUGAGUGUUGGAACUACUAGUACAACUGUUAAUGGAACUGUUGGUGUGACUACUAGUACAACUACUAGUACAACUGCUAGUACAACUGUUGCUAAUGACAAGGAUGGAUCUCUUAAACGUCGUAAUGGACAAUCUGCUACAGAACUGUCAACUCAACCAAAGAUCUCUACAGACAUUCCAUCAGUCACUACUGCAGCUGUAAUGGUAUUGCCAACUUUGGCAAGUCUAUCUACUGGAGCCAUGCCACAAGUACAUUCAUCUUUGACUGGAUUACUCACAUCCAUAUCUAAACCCACAACCUCAACCCUGACAUCCAAUCUCUUGCCAACAUUAUCUGCAUUACCAUCCCUUGCAUCAUCCACCACUUCACAAACUCAAUCCUAUCCAUCUACAUCCUCAUCUAUACCACAACAACCUCUAGCACGAUUGGAUAUAUCAGCCUUGUCCACUCUAUUGCCUUCCCUUGCAGGUGUAGGCGGAAUGAAUCAAACCUAUCAAGAUGUUCAAACUCUACACAACUUGAUGACUCAAGCUGGAUUACAUCUUCCAUCACAAAACGAUACCACUGGUAAUGGAGAUGUAAGUCAGAUGUUGGCUUCGUUGGUUGGAAAUCAUCCUGUUUCGUCUCAUUCUACUCCUAGUGGUGAGUAUACUUAUUUACAACCACAGUUGCAUGGGUCGGAUCGGCAUGCCGAUGUAGGGGAUGCGGUUCAGGGGUAUACUUCCACAUAUCACCAUACGGGUGGACAUCGUGGUGAUCGGAAUGAAUAUCGAGGUAGAGGGGGAAGGUAUCGGUAUAAUGGUGGAAGGGGUCGAGGUGAACACUCUCGGGGCACAAACAGUGGGUACCACGACCGUUACCAUGGCAAUAGCGGAUACCAUCGAUAA